ACCACUGUGGAGAUGCCAGAGCCCAUAUGUCUAAUCGAUAACGACACGAACGGGCACAUGUGUGUCAGGAGAGAGGCACUGGAGAUUCUAGAGAAGAUCACACAGCCUGUGGUGGUGGUGGCCAUAGUGGGGCUCUAUCGUACUGGAAAAUCCUUCCUCAUGAACAAACUAGCCAGUAAACACACAGGCUUUGCUCUGGGUGCUACCAUCGAGUCUAAGACCAAAGGCAUCUGGAUGUGGUGUUUACCUCACCCAACUAAAGAAGGACACACUCUAGUGCUACUGGAUACUGAGGGUCUGGGAGAUAUAGACAAGGGUGAUGAGAAGCACGACACUUGGAUCUUCUGCCUGGCUGUUUUACUCAGUAGUACUCUUGUCUACAACAGCAUGGGGACCAUCAACAAUGACGCUCUAGAGAAACUUCACUAUGUUACUGAACUGACUGAGCAUAUUAAGGUGAAAUCAGGCCCAGCAAACUAUGAUCAGUCCUCAGAGUUCAUGGCCAUCUUUCCGUCAUUUGUUUGGGCAGUGAGAGACUUCACGCUGACCUUAGAACUGGAAGGUAGACCCAUCACUGCAGACCAGUAUCUGGAGAGUGCUCUUAAACUCAAGACCGGAUCCUCUCGUAAAAUGGAGGAAUACAAUCAGCCUCGGCGUUGCCUUCGUGAAUUCUUCUCUGAAAGGAAGUGUUUUGUGUUUGAGCGUCCAACCAGUGUGGAAAAGAUGAAGAAGAUGGAGCAGCUCGCAGACACAGACCUCGAGCCCAACUUUGUGAAGCAGACACAAGAUUUCUGUAACUACAUCUUUAUGAAUGCCCGAGCCAAAACCAUAAGAGAAGGCUUGGGGCUGACUGGCAGGAUGUUGGGCAGCCUGGCAGAGACAUACGUGAAAGCAAUCCGAAGUGGGCAGGUGCCCUGCCUUGACAAUGCCGUUGAGUCACUGUCAGAAAUUCAAAAUAGGCGUGCUAUAAAUGAGGCUUUGGAUUUCUACAAGAAAACAAUGAGCUGCAAGGUCAAACUCCCCACAGAAACACAGGGGCAGCUGUCUGACAUCCAUGCAGCUGUGGAGAAAGAGGCGGUUGCAAUUUUCAUCAACGGCUCCUUCAAUGACCACGACCAGAGACACCAACUUGAAUUUAUGAAGACAGUGCAGAGUGUCUAUGACGAGUAUUGUAUGAAGAACAUUGAAGAGUCUUGUCAGAUGUGCAGAUCUGUCAUCUCUUGUGUGUUUGGCUGGCUGGAGAUAGCGGUGAGGGAGGGGUCAUUCAUGCACCCUGGGGGCUACAAAGAGUACUGCAGCGCCAUGAAGGAGGCAACUGAGCAGUACAGAUCAGAGAAAGGUCACAGGCUGAUGAGUGAGGAGGUGCUGAAGGAGUAUUUAAAUGAGAGGGACGGGAUUGGAAAGAGUAUCUUGGCGGCCGACAGGUCCCUCACAGAAUGCCAGCGGCAGAAUGAAUUGCAACAGCUGAAAAGUGAAGCAUUAGAGCAGCGCAAAAGGGCUCUGGAAGAGCAGAACAGCAUCCAGCAGCAGCAGAUGAAAGCUCAGGAAAGAACCUAUGAGGAAAACAUUAAGCAGCUACUGGUGAAGAUGGAGCAAGAACAACAAAGAAACCAGGAGGAGCACAAACGAGUGCUGAAUGCGAAACUGAAGGAGCAGAGUGAUCUACUGGAGCAGGGCUUUAAAGGGAGAGCAGAGAGUCUGCAAAAGGAGAUCAAUGAUCUGAGGGAGGACAGGAGGAGACAGGAGGAAUCUCAGCCAUCGACUGUCAGCAAGGUGCUGGACACAGUGGGAACGGCUGCUGCAAUCUUUUUGCCUGGGAUCGGAAAAGUCGCUGGCCUAGGCUUGUCUCUUAUCUCUAAGUGGUUCAAAUGA